UUUGUUCGUGUCGUGUUUGGUUUGGUUUGUAAAAACUUGAUGCAGCUGGAAAAGUUUAUCUAAAAAUCGUUGAAAGCCUUCGCAGUUAAAAGCAAGUUGAGUAAUUCACAGCGUUGUAGGUUCCGCACAAUGUCCGAUCCGGAAAAGACACGUUCGCGACGGGAGAAACGAGAUCUCAGUGCAUCAGGCAGUCCGCCAAGUGAGCAACAACAGAGCAAAGAUAGCAAAAAGCAAUCGUCUCGGAAAAGACGCAGCUCGCGUUCCAGAUCGAGAUCUCGAUCCCGUAGUCGGGACCGAAGAGACCGACACGAUGAACGUAGAACUCAAAGACCCCGUUCCAGAGACCGCGAGCGUAAAGCGAAAACUCGUCGAAGUUUGGAACCGGGCGAACGUUCCCGCAGUAAAAGUGUGGAGAAACCACCAGCAUCAGCGGCCGCAAAACCCACAGGGAAGGAAGAAGGAGAUGAAGCUUUGUUCAAAAAUGAAAAACCGGCGGUGCGCAGAACGGUUGAUUUGCUUACGUCGAAAACGGGUGGCGCUUACAUUCCGCCCGCUAAGCUCAGGAUGAUGCAGGCAGAAAUUACAGACAAAACAUCUGCUGCGUAUCAACGAAUCUCCUGGGAAGCAUUGAAAAAAUCCAUUCACGGUUACAUCAACAAAGUUAACGUGGACAACAUUGGAAUUAUUACCAGAGAACUGCUGCGGGAGAACAUCGUUCGCGGGCGUGGGUUGUUAUGCCGUUCGAUUAUCCAAGCACAAGCAGCAUCACCAACCUUCACACAUGUCUAUGCCGCUCUUGUAGCGAUCAUCAACUCAAAAUUUCCAAACAUCGGAGAGCUGCUGUUGAAACGAUUGGUAAUCCAGUUUAAACGAGGUUUCCGGCGGAACGACAAAAGCAUUUGUCUUUCGGCGUCACGUUUUGUGGCCCACCUGGUUAAUCAACGUGUGGCACACGAAAUUCUUGCGCUGGAAAUCUUAACGCUGCUGGUAGAAAAUCCAACUGACGAUUCGGUGGAGGUGGCAAUUGCUUUUCUGAAAGAAGUUGGUCAAAAACUGACGGAAGUGUCCGGAAAGGGAAUUAAUGCGAUCUUCGAGAUGUUAAAAAACAUUCUGCACGAGGGUAAGCUCGAUAAACGGGUACAGUACAUGAUUGAGGUGGUGUUUCAGGUUCGCAAGGACGGCUUCAAGGAUCAUUCGGCCGUGAUUGACUCACUCGAGCUAGUCGAGGAGGAUGACCAGUUUACGCAUUUGAUUAUGCUGGAUGAGGCGACCGAUACGCAAGAUAUUCUGAAUGUCUUCAAGGUGGACAACGACUACGAGGAAAAUGAGGCGAAAUACAAAGCGAUUAGUAAGGAGAUUCUUGGUAGCGACGUUAGUGACGAUGAAGGAGACGGUGAAGGGUCGGGUAGUGGAAGUGGUAGUGAUUCAGACGAUGAAGGUGACUCCGAUGGGGGUAGUGGUGAGGAGGGAGACGGCGCACAGAAGCAGCUCAUCGUAGACAAUACGGAGACAAAUUUGAUUGCGCUUCGGAGGACAAUCUACUUGACGAUCCAUUCCAGCUUGGACUACGAGGAAUGUGCACAUAAGCUUAUGAAGAUGGAGUUGAAACCAGGACAGGAGCAGGAAUUGUGUCACAUGUUUCUGGAUUGUUGUGCCGAGCAGAGAACUUAUGAAAAGUUUUACGGUUUGCUAGCGCAAAGAUUCUGCAUGAUCAAUAAAAUCUACAUCGAACCAUUCGAACAGAUUUUCGUGGAUACUUACACCACAACGCACAGAUUGGAUACGAAUCGACUGCGUAACGUGAGUAAAUUCUUCGCCCAUUUACUUUUCACCGAUUCUAUCGGUUGGGAUGUGAUGCGUUGCAUUCGCCUUAACGAGGAAGAUACCACCAGCUCCAGUAGAAUUUUCGUUAAGAUCCUGUUCCAGGAGCUAUGCGAAUAUAUGGGUCUUGUGAAGCUCAAUAAUAGGCUCAAGGACCCGACACUGGCAGAACCCUUUUCCGGCAUUUUUCCUCGGGACCAUCCGAAAAAUACUCGAUUCGCGAUCAAUUUUUUCACCUCGAUCGGGUUGGGCGGACUGACGGAUGAACUGCGUGAAUUCUUGAAGAAUGCUCCCAAGCAGGUCGUUCAACCGGUGGCCGCUCCCGUACCGGAGGAAGAGGAUAAAGAAAGUUCAUCAUCAGAUUCUUCCUCGUCGUCUUCCGAUUCGAGUGAUAGCUCAUCGGAUUCCUCUUCCGAAUCGGAGGAUGACCGACGGAAAAAGAAAAAGGGUCGUCGCAAAGAGAGUAACGGUGGGAGUCGUCAGAAAUCAGAUCAGAGAAAUGAUCAUCAGGACCGGAGAAGAGCGAUGGAUGAUCGAGGUGAUAAUCGCCGACCUCAACAUUCUGAUAGAGACAGAGAAUCCCGUCGCGAAAACGAAUAUCGCGCGAGACGCGAUUGGGAUGAACGUGCCAUAGCAGAGCACCAGCGAUACGAUCGGGCGGAACGACACUAUUCUGAGCGGGGAAGGGAGGGAGAUAGGUCCUCUGAUAAGCAUAGAAGAAGGAGCAAGGAACGACGAUGAAUGAGAGUUUAAUCGAAAGUGACCAUUUUGAAUAUACUUUAAUAUACAAAAAUGUUAUUUUUGUAAUAGAAAUUGUGUUAAGAAAAAAAUACACUAAAUCUGGUUACUAAAGCUUUCCAGAAAUCUA